UAGGGCUAUAAUAAUAUACAAGAUACUUCGUAUCACGUAAGAUAGGCCACGUCACGAGGCUGACGCAUACUCGUCUUGAGGUGACGUCAUCAUCCAUCUCCACCGUCUAUUUUGUUGUGGUUGGUUGACCAUAUGGCUCCUCCUUGGAACAAUGGUCUAUAGUAUAAAGUCAGCAACCCCGCUCGAACGAGAUGUCAUUGUAACGGAUCACUUUCUCGGCUCCAUCCUGAUUUGGUGAAACGACGGCGUUUCUGUUCGUCGGUGACAUGGAAACGGAGAAGGAGAAGGGACGUCAGGAUGAUAACGGAAGAGCUGACGGGAACGGAGGGAAACCGUCAACGGCAGAUGAAGCCUGCGACGGAGGCCAGACGUUGACGGAGACGGAGGAGAAGGUGGAUCGGUUCUUCGCGAUAUUACGGAGAGCCCACGUGGCGGAAAAGUAUUUCGAGAGACGGUUACCGUCCAAGAAGAGGAAACGGAGCGAGAGAUUCGGAUUGGAGGAUCCCGUGGAAACUAACGGCGUUAGUAACGGAGGCUGCGAGGGAGGGAGAGUGGGAGAUCGGGUCGGGUCUCCGAAACCGGAUUUGGAUCUGAAUUCGAAACCAUGACCCGACGGAGCCGGUUCAUAACUUUUAAUUGCUGUAUUUAACCUCUAACCCCCUGGGAAGCACUUUUUUCACUUCUUUAUUGAUUUCAGUAUUAUACUAAUGUCGAGAUAAAUAAAUAAAUAUUAUUCUAACAAGUAAUUUUAUUU